CGGAAGCGGGCCGGGCACCGGGGCGCGCGCGGAGCCGGGUGGCUGCUGCGUCCCCGCGCGCGGCCGGGCCAGGUAGGAACGCGGAGCUGCAGCCGCCUCAGCCAUGCGGCUGCCGGACUGGAGGCCUGGGAUGGGGCCCGCGCCACCCCCCGCGCGCCGCCCCCGCUGAGCCCGCGCCCGACUGGGCGCAGCAGGCACCAUGGUGCAGAAGUCGCGCAACGGUGGCGUGUACCCUGGCACUAGCGGGGAGAAGAAGCUCAAGGUGGGCUUCGUGGGGCUGGACCCCGGCGCGCCAGACUCCACUCGCGACGGCGCGCUGCUCAUCGCGGGCUCCGAGGCCCCCAAGCGCAGCAGCGUUUUGAGCAAGCCGCGCGCGGGCGGUGCGGGAGCGGGGAAGCCCCCGAAGCGCAACGCCUUCUACCGCAAGCUGCAGAAUUUCCUCUACAACGUGCUGGAGCGGCCCCGCGGCUGGGCGUUCAUAUACCACGCCUACGUGUUUCUCUUGGUCUUCUCCUGCCUUGUGCUUUCCGUAUUUUCCACCAUCAAGGAGUACGAGAAGAGCUCGGAGGGGGCCCUCUACAUCUUGGAAAUCGUGACCAUCGUGGUGUUUGGCGUUGAGUACUUUGUGAGGAUCUGGGCUGCAGGCUGCUGCUGCCGGUAUCGAGGCUGGAGGGGCAGGCUCAAGUUUGCCAGGAAGCCGUUCUGUGUGAUUGAUAUCAUGGUGCUGAUUGCCUCCAUUGCUGUGCUGGCUGCUGGCUCCCAGGGAAAUGUCUUUGCCACAUCUGCACUUCGGAGCCUGCGGUUCCUGCAAAUCUUACGGAUGAUCCGUAUGGACCGGAGGGGCGGCACCUGGAAGCUCCUGGGAUCGGUGGUGUAUGCUCACAGCAAGGAGCUGGUGACUGCCUGGUACAUUGGCUUCCUCUGCCUCAUCCUGGCCUCAUUUCUGGUGUACUUGGCAGAGAAGGGUGAGAAUGACCACUUUGAUACCUAUGCAGAUGCACUCUGGUGGGGCCUGAUCACCCUGACAACCAUUGGCUACGGGGACAAGUACCCUCAGACCUGGAACGGGAGACUGUUGGCAGCGACGUUUACCCUCAUUGGUGUCUCGUUCUUCGCUCUUCCUGCAGGCAUUUUGGGAUCUGGCUUUGCUCUUAAAGUCCAAGAGCAGCAUCGGCAAAAGCACUUUGAGAAGCGGCGGAACCCUGCAGCAGGUCUGAUCCAGUCUGCUUGGAGAUUCUAUGCUACUAACCUCUCGCGCACCGACCUGCACUCCACGUGGCAGUACUAUGAGCGCACAGUCACUGUCCCCAUGUACAGCUCACAAACUCAAACCUAUGGGGCCUCCAGACUCAUCCCGCCUCUGAACCAGCUGGAGCUGCUAAGGAACCUCAAGAGCAAAUCUGGACUCACUUUCAGGAAGGAGCCACAACCAGAGCCAUCACCAAGUAAAGGCAGACCGUGCCGAGGGUGCCUGUGUGGAUGCUGCCCGGGACACUCUAGUCAGAAGGUCAGUUUGAAAGAUCGUGUCUUCUCCAGCCCCCGAGGCGUGGCUGCCAAGGGGAAGGGGUCUCCCCAGGCCCAGACGGUCCGGCGGUCCCCCAGUGCUGAUCAGAGUCUCGACGACAGCCCAAGCAAGGUGCCCAAGAGCUGGAGUUUUGGUGAUCGCAGCCGUGCACGCCAGGCUUUCCGAAUCAAGGGUGCUGCAUCCCGGCAGAACUCAGAAGAAGCAAGCCUCCCUGGGGAGGACAUCGUGGAGGACAACAAGAGCUGUAACUGCGAGUUUGUGACUGAAGAUCUCACCCCUGGCCUCAAAGUCAGCAUCAGAGCUGUGUGUGUUAUGCGGUUCUUGGUGUCUAAGCGAAAGUUCAAAGAGAGUCUGCGCCCAUACGACGUGAUGGAUGUCAUUGAACAGUACUCAGCUGGACACCUGGACAUGUUGUCCCGCAUCAAGAGCCUGCAGUCCAGGAUAGAUAUGAUUGUGGGCCCCCCACCCCCUUCAACUCCCCGGCACAAGAAGUACCCUACCAAAGGACCCACGGCCCCUUCGAGAGAGUCACCCCAGUACUCACCUAGAGUGGACCAGAUUGUGGGGCGGGGCCCAACAAUAACGGACAAGGACCGCACCAAAGGCCCAGCAGAGACGGAGCUGCCCGAAGACCCCAGCAUGAUGGGACGGCUUGGGAAGGUGGAAAAACAGGUCUUGUCCAUGGAAAAGAAGCUAGACUUCCUGGUGAGCAUCUACACGCAGCGAAUGGGCAUCCCACCAGCAGAGACAGAGGCCUAUUUUGGGGCCAAGGAGCCUGAGCCGGCACCACCCUACCACAGCCCAGAGGAUAGCCGUGAGCAUGCAGACAAGCAUGGCUGUAUCAUUAAGAUUGUCCGCUCCACCAGCUCUACAGGCCAGAGGAACUACGCUGCACCCCCAGCCAUGCCCCCUGCCCAGUGUCCUCCAUCCACCUCAUGGCAGCAGAGCCACCAACGCCACGGCACCUCCCCUGUAGGAGACCAUGGCUCGCUGGUACGCAUCCCACCACCCCCUUCACAUGAGCGGUCGCUGUCUGCCUACGGUGGGGGCAACCGGGCCAGUACCGAGUUCCUGAGGCUGGAAGGCGCCCCAGCCUGCAGGCCCCCUGAGGGUGCCCUACGGGAUAGCGACACAUCCAUUUCCAUCCCAUCUGUGGACCAUGAGGAGCUGGAGCGCUCUUUCAGUGGCUUCAGUAUCUCCCAGUCCAAGGAGAACCUGGAUGCCCUCGGCAGCUGUUAUGCAGCGGUGGCGCCAUGUGCCAAGGUCAGGCCCUACAUUGCAGAGGGGGAGUCUGACACAGACUCAGACCUCUGCACACCAUGUGGGCCUCCCCCACGCUCUGCCACUGGUGAGGGCCCCUUUGGAGAUGUGGGUUGGGCAGGGCCCAGGAAGUGAGACUGGGUUGGGCUGCUGGGCCCCAGGCCACACCCACUCUAGUUCCUGGUUUGGAGCUGGAGUUCCAGGGCCUUUCCUAAAGUGACAGAAUGACAUAGAGUAGUGUGGGUUGUGAGGAUGCUCAUGGGAUCUAGCUCUCAGGGUUCAUGUGGAGUGGAGGUGAGGCAGGGCUCCUUGGCAUACAUGGUAACAUUUUAUAGUUCUUUUCCAACCAGGAAAGAGAGGCUGAGACUGGGCCCUGGAGGCCCCUGGAGCUACCUAUGGCAGCAAAGCUAGCCCUGCCCAGUCUUCUUGGAGGACAGAUAUUGCCCUGUGAGUGAGGAGCAGCAGAGUGAUGGCACCUAUGAGUGGGGGUGGGGCUGGGAUCAAGUACAUGGGAGGUAGUGGUGAAGCAGGCCUGUCUACGGCUGAUGGCCAGUCCUGAAGCCUAGGGGUCUCCUAGCUUAGGCUGGAAACUCAGGAGGUAUAGCAGGUUGCUGGAUAUGGCCCAAUCUCACACCUGACUGCUUAUCCCUCAGUUCCUAACUGCCCCAGUAAAGCAUUACCAGGCCCACUGUUUGUGUGUGGCUGGGAAAUGCCUCUUAUCCCUGGGCACCUAGCUAGAGAGCUGCCGGCCAGCAUCUUCCUCCCUCUUCCAGGUUCUGUGGACCCUUCCAUGGGAACCACCCUUAGAUCAGGACCCCUUUUCCUAGAGUUGAGGAAGGGGUGAGUCCUUAGGGAUCAACCUGGAGCUUAGAACUGACCAUUGGAUGCCCCAAUCCCUGGUUUCCACCUCUUAGGGGAGGACCCAGCUCACAGCCUUUUCCUGAAAGGAGUUCUUUGGGAGGUUCUGGCUGCCUCAUCCCUGGCACUAUAGCCCAGGAGGUCUGGGUUGAGACCUCAUGGCCUCACCUUUUCUUGAUGUGGCUCUGGUCUCCAGGCUGUGGCCAGCACUUCAAGAGAACCACCUGGUAAACAGACCAGCACUGUCCUUAGCCAGGGCACCAGAUUGCCUGCUGCCCACUUGGCUCUACAGACCCAGGCAGGGCUGAAUGACAUGAUAUUGUCAAACUGCCAGCUCUUUCUACAUGAGAGCAUGGCCUCUGCACCUGGCCAAGGAUCCUUCCCAUGGAAGCUGGCCAUCCACAGUCAUUCAUCCACUAUAGGCUCCGUGGCUGUGGCCUCUGAGUGUUUGGGGGAAUUGGGAACACCUUGUCCUCUACUCUGGUUAUCAGGACUCUGUCCAUCUUGUGAGUGGGCAUCUUGGACCAUAUGGCAGCCAGCUUUAGAGGGAGACAAGGUAGAGUCCUCAGUUGUGGUCCUGCAACAUCUGGCCCAGAGGUGUCUGGCAUUGAAUGAUAGCAUUUUGGGAUGGGGGCCUCAGUCUCUCUGAGGUAACAGCUUUCCUGGUCACUGAGGGCAAGUAGAGCUCGAGCCUGGGCAGAACUCUACCCACUUCUACCACCCUUUAAAAAAAAGUGUAUUCUGGUAGGGGUAGAAGCAGCUUGGGGGCCCAUGCCCAGCAGGAGGCACUCUAUCCCUGUAUUUGUCAGGGAAGCUGGGUCUGCUGUCUGCUGUGGCCUCCAUUCCCUCCAUGUCAGGGUUGCUAGGACUGCACCUCAGGAUGCCUCUGCUAGGAUCCUGGUUGAGAAACUAUGUCACAGUGUGUGCACACUGGUUCUCUAGGGUAGUGCUGUAGUCAACUCCUUGGAAGGAGAGAUGUUCUGGUCUCUUCCUAUGUGGGCAUGGCAGGCAGUGUAGACAGGAAGAGCAGCUAGCCCUCACUAGCCUUCUCUUGGAGAGUUGAGCCCAGGUUCAGACCCUCCACCUGAAACACAGGUAGACUCCAGGGCAGAGGGACAAGCACAUCUGCCCUGGACAGACCAGCUGCCAGAGUACUCCUCCUCUAGACUUGGGUAGACCAGAGUUGUCUCAGCUCCAGGGAAUGUGGGAAGGAGGUUUGUGUCUGUCCUACUUGCUCCACACAGUAUAUCCUGACUCAUAUGUGUGGCCCCUCAUCCUGUCCCCAAAGCUGCCAUAGAUACAAGAGCCUGACCUAGGGUUUUAUAGGAUGAAAGUGGACAGGCACGCCCUCCCCAGAAACCCUAGCCACACAGAAUUUAUCAGUCCUUAUUAGGAUCCAGCAAGAGGGAAACAGGAGGCCAUGGUCUGCUCUGCAGGUGAGGAGCAGUGGUCAAGACUUCAGUGUCCGCUACUCAAGGAAGAAGUUCAUCUCAAGGGGUGACAUGGAAACCCUGAUGUGAGAAAUGAUAGAGCCCCUUCUUUGGGACCCAGACCCAGGCCUGAGCAACACAAAUGUCUACUGCCUUGGCAUCCCCACCCUCAGGGGAACAGCCUGGAGGUUCCUACAAGAAAUUUGUGCACUUUCUUGGGUAUUCACAUGUGACCAAGCAUGGCUAGAGGCCAGCAGCUGCCCCAUGGCAAAAUUUUUGUCCCAACACAUUCUCUCACAUGCCUACCAUCACAUGCCCAUACACUGGGCAUAUAUGUACAUUCAUGUAUGUGCACACAAAAGCUUACAGAUCAUGUUUUCAUAUGCACACACAAGUAUACACACAGAGAGACACAAGUGUACAUAGAGCAGGUGUACUUUCAAACACAUAUUCCUUGUUACACACAUACACAGAAGCUCACACACAGUUUUCCAGACCACACAUAACAGACCAUACAUAUACACAUACAUAUGAACACGUGAACAUACAGGCUUAUAAGCUACAUGUUAAUUUCACAUACGCACAUACAAACUGCUUUUAUAUCUGCAUACUCACACAUAUGUACAUGUGCACACACGAGUAACCUGAAUGUAUAAUGCAUA